AUGUCAACCAACAUCGAUAUAGAACUGUUACCGACUAUUCCCUCGUCAUGGACUGCUCCUACAUCUUGCUUCGCCAGCACCCUCUAUUAUCGCGUUUUGCUUGGUGGUGGUUACUUCAGUAAUCUCUAUGGUACUCCUACUCCGGUUCUAGAUGGCAAUACUCCUAUAGGCGACUGUUUCCCUCCAUCUUUCACCAUUGGCAUACCGUACCGAACGGAUGGUGACUGUCCUACGGGCUACACUCGAGCCUGUGCCACUGCGGGACCUCUCCGGUCAGGCAAGCCCAUAAGUACUGUAACGUGCUGCCCAAGCGUUACUAGCAAUGCAUUCUCUUUCAUGUGCAGAGACCACGAAUACGGCUGCCACGGAACCGGCACUGUAGGUGCCGUAUGGACUGGAGUCAUCACCGACAUUGGGAUCUCCCAACCUACAGAGGAACCAGUGACGCGGACGCCGUUCACCAAUGAGGGAAUCGAGGCCUGGGGAAUCAAGUUUAUCUCGGUCGCUCCGACAACAGUCGCAGGCUCCGCAGGAACCACCGAUCCUUUUUUGUCGACAACGAGUGAGACAGCGACGAAUAGCGUUUUACCCACAACAAGGGUCGAUGGAGGAAAUAAUAACUCGUCAGCCGGUCUAUCAAGUGGCGCCAUAGCAGGUGUUGCCAUCGGCGCCGCUGUUAUCGUAGGAAUUCUUUCUGUCGUUGCUUUUCUCGUCUACCGCAGACGCAAAAGAAGGAACAACGAUAACAGCUAUCCCGCAACAAACGGUAAUGAAAAUGGACCCCUUGCGAACAGAACUAGCGAAAAGUAUGCCUACUCUAAUUACCCCGAGGGUGUUAAUGACGAGAGACUCCACGAAGCUCCUCCAAGACCGGAUCAGAGGCAGGCGUGGGAGUUACAGGGCUAG